GAGACAUAGACAGAGUGAGAGAGCGUCUCCUCUCCACAGACCAGUGUUUUUACAGCCCCUGUUUGAUAUGGGCUGUGGCUGAACGGACCAGCUCCCAAACGGAUCUGAGGACUUUGAGCCGAAAGAGAGGAACAAACAUCCCUGGAUACAGGAGAGAGAGAGAGAGAGAGAGAGAAGGUGGGAUAGAGAGAGGGAGAUAGUGGGAGGGGGAGAUAGAGGGUGAGAGAGGGAGACAGAGGUAGAAGGAGAGAGAGAGAAAGAUAGAGAGAGAGGGAAGGAAAUAGAAAGAAGGUGGAAGGGAGAGAGAAAGAGAGCAGCAGAUCUUUAUCGUUGGAGGACACAUGCGGCGCGGAGCGUAGCGGGCGGACCUGGGAUCGCGUGUUUGGAGAGCGCUGGCCUGCGGGGACCGGGCAGUGUGGGAGAACCUCGCCCCAAUGAACCUGGAGAACGCAGCGCGCUACCACCCCGGCGCUCUAGGGGGCGACAUGGAGCAGAAGGCCAGCAAGCUCACCCUGGGGUUCCAGCGCAGCUCCACGUCCGACGACGACUCGGGGUGCGCCCUGGAGGAGUACGCCUGGGUCCCGCCGGGGCUGCGGCCCGAGCAGGUUCAGCUGUACUUCUCUUCUCUCCCCGAGGAUAAGGUUCCCUACAUUAACAGUCCCGGGGAGAAAUUCCGAAUAAAACAGCUCCUGUACCAGCUGCCGCCCCACGAUAACGAGGUGCGGUACUGUCAGUCUCUCAGUGAGGAGGAGCAGAAGGAGCUGCAGAUGUUCAGUAUUCAGAGGAAGAAGGAGGCGCUGGGAAGAGGAAGCAUCAAACUGCUGCCCCGAGCGCUGAUGCACACCGUCUGUGAGCACUGCGGGGAGAACAUCGCCGGCGGCGAGAUGGCGGUAUUCGCCUCCCGGGCGGGGCCGGCGUUGUGCUGGCACCCAGCAUGCUUUGCGUGCUCCACGUGCGGCGAGCUCCUGGUGGACCUCAUCUACUUCUACCAGGACGGCAAGAUCCACUGCGGCCGACACCAUGCCGAGCUUCUGAAGCCCCGCUGCUCCGCCUGCGAUGAGAUCAUCUUUGCGGACGAGUGCACGGAGGCGGAGGGGAGGCACUGGCACAUGAAGCACUUCGCCUGCUUCGAGUGCGAGACGGUCCUGGGGGGCCAGCGCUACAUCAUGAAGGACGGGCGGCCAUUUUGCUGCGGCUGCUUCGAGUCCCUGUACGCCGAGUACUGCGAGGCCUGCGGGGAGCACAUCGGCGUGGACCACGCCCAGAUGACGUACGACGGUCUGCACUGGCACGCCACGGAGUCCUGCUUCAGCUGCGCCCAGUGCCACAGCUCCCUGCUGGGCUGCCCCUUCCUGCCGCGGCAGGGGCGCAUCUACUGCUCCAAGGCCUGCAGCCUGGGCGAGGACGUGCACGCCUCCGACUCCUCCGACUCCGCCUUCCAGUCCGCCCGCUCCCGCGAGUCCCGCCGCAGCGUCCGCGUGGGCAAGAGCAGCCGCUCCGCCGACCAGUGCCGCCAGUCGCUGCUCUUCUCCCCGGCCGCCAACUACAAGUUCCCCGUGUUUUCCGGCGGUGUCGGCGUCGGCGGCAACGGCGCCGGAGACGGGGCCGACGACACGCUCUCCCGCAAGAUGGCGCACCUGAGUUUCGCCGCCGACGAGGAAGACCGCCGCUACUGGAAGGAGCGGGAGGAGGACGAGGAGCAGGAGGAAGAGGCGCCGCCGGAGGAGGACCACGAGGAGGAGUGGGCCGAGCACGAGGACUACAUGACGCAGCUGCUGCUCAAAUUCGGCGACCGCGGCGCCUUCCGGAAGGCGGAGGACCUGGAGGAGGUGGGGCCGGCCGAGCUCUGGAUGACAUCACCGGAGGGCGAGGUCAAGGCCAAGGCGGGGCCAAACGUGGGCGGUCACCGCGGCCAGCAGGGCCUGGCCAGCAAGCGGUACCAGACGGACAUGUACUGGGCCCAAUCGCAGGACGGGCUGGGAGACUCCGCCUACGGCAGCCACCCGGGCCCCGCCAGCAGCCGGAAGAUGCAGGAGCUGGACCUGGAGCAUGGGGCGGCCGGGUUCGAGCGGGAGCAGAAGCAGUGGUACGACGACUCACUGGAGUGCAUCACCGACGAGCUGAAACAGCCCGAGCAGAGCAUGCGAGACUCCAUGGACUCGCUGGCCCUCUCCAACAUCACCGGAGCGUCAGUGGAUGGAGACAGUAAAGACAGGCCACUGCUCUACUUACAGAACCUCACCGAGCUGGAGCCAGAGGACAUGGAGAAGAUCAGCAACAUGGGGACCCUCAACUCCUCCAUGCUGCACAGGAGCACCAACUCCCUCAAGAGCCUGACCUCCGAGCUGGAGCAAGAGGAAGAGGCAGAGCUGGAGGAGGAAGAGGAGGAGGUGGAGGAGGAGGAGGAGGAGGUGGAGCGUCUCCCAGAGGAGAAGCCCUGCCUGCCGCACGCCCCCGUCCUGCGGAGGACCCGGUCGCAGUCCCGGCCCCAGCAGGUCAAGUUCUCGGACGACGUGGUGGACAACAGCCGCUACGAGGAGCUGGAGGUGCGGCAGCCGCCCAUGAGCGAGCGCACCCGGCGGCGGGUGUACCAGUUCGAGGAGCCGGACCCGAGGCUGAACCUGCGCCCGAGCCACGCCCACCACGGCCGCCACCACCACCACCACCGCCGACGGAGGAGCAGGAAGUCCCGCUCGGACAACGCCCUCCACCUGGCCCCCAAGGAGCGCGCUCACUCGUACUUCCGGGAGGAGUACGACAGGCAGGCCUCCUCCAGACCCCGCCCCCACGACCUUCGACCCCCCGCCUUCCUGGCCAAUCAGGAGCUGUACGGGCCUCGUUACCACUCCCACGCCACCUCGGACUACGCCCUCCAGAACCCGGCGGCCGACCGCUUCCCGGGGAUCUACGACGACGACUGGUGUUCCACCUGCUCUUCGUCGUCCUCUUCCUCGGAGGACGAGGAAGACGGCUUCUUCCUGGGACAGCCAAUCCCCCAGCCCCGCCCGCAGCAGAGGUUCCACUACUACGCGGAUGACCUCCCCACCCCCGUCUCUGCCCUGCCCUUGCCUCCCCCCUACGGCCCACGGACUAAAUCCAAAAAGAAGAAGGGACACAAGGGCAAGAACUGCAUCAUUUCCUAGGACAGCCAAUUAGAUUUACCCCCCCCCCCCUCUCCUCUGCACCCCCAUAUUAACUUCCUUUUGCCACAUUUCAAGUUGGCUAGACUGAACGGAACUCGUACGCUUUUAGCCUUUUCUCCUUUUGUGAAAAAUACUUGUGGACCCUGAGAUCCACCACGCGUGUUUAAUCGCCGGAGAGGCCCUGUUCCCCCGCAUGCGACACGCGCGUUCGCGUUUACAGCCGCUUCUCGUUGGACGUGGAUUCGUACCGCAGUUCAAGGCCGCCGUUGCCAUGGACGGACAGACAAACAGUCGCAUCUGAACAGCCUGACAAUUUGCCUAUUAAAUGUGUACCGGUUUAUGCAAUUUCGUACACCCAAUACAAUAUUCUAGUAACGAUAUUAUCAGCUGUGUUGUGUGCAUUUAAUAGCAACUGCUUUAUUUCCAGAAAGAAGAAAAAAAAAAACCUAUUUAUAAAAGUAGCAUUUAGAGACUAAUGGAAAACAGUUAUUUAACAGUGCAAAUAUUAAAUGUAUAUAUUGUAAAGUUCAGAUUAUAAAAAAACUUGAUAUUUUUAUAUCCCUGAGUUUCAAAAGGCUUUUUUUUUUUUUUUUAAAGAUGUGUUUGAUGUAAUAUGAAUUGCAUCGAGAGGCUCCGCCCACUCCAGUUUAGAAAGACCUACUUUUGUUAAUCAGGGUUUUAAAAAUAAAAAAAGGUGACAUGCUUUUGGGGGAUUUUACGAGUAUGGUGUACUCUGACCCUCGAUAUCUCCAUUUAUGUACUUUUAUUGCUAUUAAAUCCAACAUGGAUCGUGUGUAUCAGUGGGGCACCGGGAUCCCCCUCUCUGCAGUAAGCACGGCUUGGUUUUUGGUUGCCAGACUUUAUUUAUGGGGUCACAAUUAUAUUGUAAACAGAUCGUUGUAAUCUGUAUAAAUGUAAAGAAUAAUAAAAACUGGAACGUAUGGCUAUGGAUGAAAAUAAAAAAAUAUUGUGGUA